AUUAGACGGGCCGAAAUUGUGGCACAGGGUCUUUAGACAGUUGGGAAGGGGGGAGAGAUAACAUGAGAGCGCUCUACAUGAGAUCACCUUACUAGACACGGAUGAGGGGAGGACCAGAGAAAGAGGAAGCAGCGUUGAGUGGAAAUUCAAAGUGCCCGGGGGCAAGAGACACUUCAUCUCCGGACGCGAGACCUGCACGAUGGUCAGGUGGUUUCAUAGAGAUGUUACUGGAUUGGAGGCUGAGGCGCGCCUGAAAUCUCGAGGGGUUCCCGGAAGUUUUCUUGUCCGUCCCAGCAAAAAGAGGCCAGAAGACUUCACCCUGUCUGUCAGGUUGGAAGAUUCUGUGACCCACAUCCGGAUCCAGAACACAGGCGACUAUUAUGAUCUAUACGGGGGAGAACAGUUUGCCACACUGUCUGAGUUGGUGGAAUAUUACAUGGGGGAGCAUGCGUCUCUGCAGGACACAGAGGGGCAUUUCAUUCAGCUUAAGUACCCUCUGAACUCUUCCGACCCCACCAGCGAACGCUGGUAUCACGGAUAUCUCUCUGGACUGGAGGCCGAGAGGCUGUUACAGGAGAAAGGAGAACCCUGGACUUUCCUGGUGAGAGAGAGUCGGAGUAAACCCGGAGACUUUGUCAUCUCCAUCCUCACCGCAGAAGAGAAAGAUGGAUAUUUCAAAGUCACCCACAUUAAGAUCUCGUGCAAGGGUGAGAAAUACACUCUGGGAGACGCAAUGUUUGAUUCCCUCACAGAUCUUAUCGACGAAUACAGGAAGAAGGACAUCGAGGAGAUAACGGGAGCUCGGGUGUACUUGAAAAAGCCGUAUUACUCCACAAGAGUCAAUGCAGCUGAUAUAGAAAAUCGGAUGAAAGAAUUGGAUAAAAAGUCGGUGGAGCAAACAGCGAAGGCCGGGUUCUGGGAAGAGUUCGAUGCUCUCCAAAAGCUGGAAUCAAAACUACUUUAUGAUAGAAAAGAAGGUCAGAAACCGGAAAACAAGAGCAAAAAUCGAUACAAGAAUAUCCUGCCGUUUGAUCACACUCGUGUUAUUUUAAAAUGCGGAGAUAAGAAUAUCCCGGGAUCAGAUUAUAUCAACGCUAACUACGUAACGAAUCAGCUGUGGGGAGACGGCGAUCCACCCAAACGUUUCAUCGCUUGCCAGGGGUGUCUGGCGUCCACCACGUCCGACUUCUGGGAGAUGGUCUGGCAGGAGAACAGUCGGGUCAUCGUCAUGACCACCAAGGAGAUAGAGAAGGGCCGGACGAAAUGCGUAGCCUACUGGCCGGAGGCCGGCGCUGCUGUAAAGGAGUUCGGUAGGUUCCAGGUUGAGAUCGUUCAAGAGCACGAAGCGAUGGAGUAUAAAGUGCGGAGUCUACGGGUGUCCCUUACAGAUCAGCGGGAGAUGUUCCGUAACAUUGCCCAUUACCAGUACCUCAGCUGGCCAGACCACGGAGUUCCUACCGAUCCCGGAGGAGUCCUCAGUUUCCUGGGAGAGGUCAACCGGAUGCAGGAGAGCCUCCCGAAAGCUGGGCCUAUUAUCGUGCACUGCAGCGCCGGGAUUGGCCGCACCGGGACGAUUAUAGCCAUCGACAUGUUGGUAGAAAUGAUUCAGACAAAAGGUCUGGACACCGACAUCGACGUGCAGAAGACCAUCGAGAUGGUCCGGUCCCAGCGCUCCGGGAUGGUGCAGACAGAAGCUCAGUACAAGUUUGUCUAUAUGGCCAUUGCCCAGUUCAUCGACUCCACCAAAUACAAGCUAAAGGCCGUGGAGAACUUAAAGGUCACAGAGUCUGAGUACGGAAACCUAGGACUCAAUCUGUCCAAGAUGAAAGUAACGCGGACCCCAUCAUCAAAGCCUCGGGAUGAAGGUACCCUCUACGAGAAUCUGAAUGCUCGGAAAGACAAGAAAGAGAAAGUCCAGAAGAAGUCCUCAUCCGAGCGAGAGAAGCCGAGAUUGUCGGUGAAGAAGAAGUAACCUGGAGGUGAGGCAACCAGAGCCGUGCCUGCGCCAUCGUGCCACGGAGGACCAUCUGCAGUGUUUGGACGUUUUUUAUCAAACUUUUUCAUUCUGUACCAAGCUCCCCGACGGCCGGGAAAGCGAUAAACGUUUACAGAACGCGAGGCCGGAUGUAAUAUAAUAUAUUCGUGCAAGCAACCAAAACCGAUUGAGCUUACACUUCUUUUUCAUUGCAACAGAAAGGAAACGUCCUUCUCCCCGUAUUUCUUGCUGUAUUAUCAAAAUCAGAAACCGAAUUUGACUGCAGAUAAGAACCAUUCGGCCCAUUUAACGCUGAUUCGGCCCUUGGCCUCAUCUUACAUUCAGGGUCGGCUUAGGCCUGCACCAUCCGUGUUUAAAUUCCCUUUAUUAACCUUUUAACGCCUCUGUUCCACUCAUCUACCGCCCUCUCUGUGAACUUCUUCCAUCUCAGCCUCUCUUGUUGUAACUUUCCUCCUCAUUUGAAAUAAACUUCCCUUCUGUAUUUUGUUAAA